UUAAAGAAAAAGACGCUGGAGGUGACAGUGUGGGACUAUGACAGAUCCUCCUCCAAUGACUUCCUUGGAGAAGUGCUGAUCGACUUGUCGAACACCGCCCAGCUCGACAACACUCCUCGCUGGCUGCCUCUGAAGGAGCAGAGUGAAAGCAUUGAGCACAGCAAGGCCCAUCAUGCUGCUCACGGCCCUCCAGGGUCAGGGCCAGGUCAGGGUCACGGUCAGGGACACAGCCUGGGACAUAUGUCAGGGCCUGGGAUGGGGCCUGGGCAUGGAAUGGGACAGGGUCACGGACUAGACGGGAGUCAUGAUUCACCUAAAAACUCUGUAAUCAAGAGCAGAAGCCAUGGGAUCUUCCCCGAUCCAGCCAAAGACAUGCAGAUGCUGCCUUUGGAAAAGUCACACAGCAGCCCAGGCAGCUCAAAGUCUUCCUCUGAUGGCCAACUGCGCUCCCAUGGCCCCUCUCGAAGCCAAAGCAAGAGCAGCGUCACUCAGGCCCACCUUGAGGAUGCUGGGAUAGCCAUUGCUGCUGCCGAGGCUGCCGUGCAACAGUCCCGCCUGCAACCAA